AUGAAGGCUGUUCGUAAUUUGUUGAUUUACAUAUUUUCCACCUAUCUAUUGGUUAUGUUUGGAUUUAAUUCUGCCCAAGACUUCUGGUGCUCAACACUGGUAAAAGGGGUCAUUUAUGGAUCUUAUUCAAUAAGUGAGAUGUUUCCAAAAAACUUUACAAACUGCACUUGGACGUUGGAAAAUCCAGAUCCGACCAAAUAUAGCAUCUACCUGAAAUUUUCCAAAAAGGACUUCAGCUGCUCGAACUUUUCCCUUUUGGCUUAUCAGUUUGAUCAUUUCUCCUAUGAAAAAAUACAGGAUAUAUUAAGAAAUAACAAUUCUAUAAUGCAGUUGUGUGAUACAAAGAAUUCCUUUGUGUUUCUACACUAUGAUAAAAAUUUCAUCCAGCUUCGUAGGAUAUACCCAAUAGAUAUUACUGGAUUACAGAAAAAUGAAGAUGAUCAAAGAUCCUUUUUGGAAUUUCUGGUCUUAAAUAAGGUGAGCCCCAGCCAGUUUGGAUGCCACGUCUUGUGUACUUGGUUGGAAAACUGCUUGAAAUUGGAAAAUGGUAAAACUGAGCUAUGCGGAGUUAUGUAUACAAAAUGCACCUGUCCACAACAUUUAGGGGAAUGGGGGAUAGACGACCAAUCUUUGGUAUCACUAAACAAUGUGAUAUUGCCCUUGAAUGAGCAGACUGAGGGCUGCCUGACUCAGGAGCUACAAGCCACUCAGGUCUGCAACCUCUCCAAGGAAGCCAAACGCCCUCCCAAAGAAGAAUUUGGAAUGAUGGGAGAUCAUACAAUUAAAAGUCAGCGACCAAGAUCUGUUCAUGAGAAAGGGGCCCCCCAGGAACAAGCUGAUGCUGCUAAAUUUAUGGCACAAACUGGUGAAUCUGGUGUUGAAGAGUGGUCCCAGUGGAGUACAUGUUCAGUUACUUGUGGUCAAGGGUCGCAGGUGCGAACCAGAACUUGUGUACCACCUUACGGGACACACUGCAGCAGCCCCUUAAGAGAAACAAGGGUUUGCAAUAACACUGCCCUCUGUCCAGUACAUGGAGUUUGGGAAGAGUGGUCACCUUGGAGCUUAUGUUCCUUUACUUGUGGAAGAGGCCAAAGGACAAGAACUAGAACGUGUACUCCCCCACAGUAUGGAGGAAGGCUUUGUGAUGGCCCUGAAAUGCAACAUAAGCCUUGUAAUAUUGCACUUUGCCCUGUUGACGGACUAUGGCAGGAAUGGACCUCAUGGAGUCAAUGCUCAGUUACUUGUUCCAAUGGUACACAAAAGAGGCUAAGGGAAUGUAGUCCAGCUUCCCAUGGUGGUUCUGACUGCAAAGGACCAUACAGUGAAACUCGAGAAUGUCAUAACCAGGAAUGUACAGCAAAUGGACAGUGGAACCCAUGGGGACAUUGGAGUGGCUGUUCCAGGUCAUGUGAUGGUGGUUUGGAAAAGCGUACACGAACAUGCCAAGGUGCCUCUUUAACUGGCCAGCCAUGUGAAGGCUCUGGGGAGGACAUAAGAAGAUGCAAUGAACAAAGAUGUCCUGCUCCUUAUGAAAUCUGCCCUGAGGAUUAUUUGAUGUCUAUGGUAUGGAAAAGGACCCCAGCUGGAGAUCUAGCAACUAAUAGAUGUCCUCUUAAUGCAACAGGAACCACUAGCAGACGCUGCUCGCUCAGUCUUCACGGAGUAGCCUUCUGGGAACAGCCAAGCUUUGCAAGAUGCGUAUCAGCUGAAUACAGACACUUGCAGCUUUCAAUUAAAGAACAUCUUGCAAAGGGCCAACGAACAUUAGCAGGUGAAGGAAUGUCUCAGGUCACAAAAACACUGCUUGAUUUAACUCAGAGGAAGCAUUUUUAUGCAGGGGAUCUUCUGGUCUCAGUGGAAAUCCUCAGAAAUGUCACUGACACUUUCAAAAGAGCAAGUUAUGUCCCCACGUCAGAUGGAGUACAGAAUUUCUUUCAAGUAGUUAGCAAUCUCCUAGAUGAAGAAAACAAGGAAAAAUGGGAAGAUGCUCAACAGAUUUAUCAUGGGUCUGUGGAGUUAAUGCAGGUGAUUGAAGAUUUUAUACAUAUUGUUGGAAUGGGAAUGAUGGAUUUUCAGAAUUCAUAUCUCACAACAGGAAAUGUGGUGGCUAGUAUUCAGAAAUUACCUGCAUCAUCAGUACUGACAGAUAUCAACUUCCCAAUGAGAGGAAGAAAAGGAAUGGUAGAUUGGGCACGAAAUUCUGAAGAUAAAGUGGUCAUUCCAAAAAGCAUUUUCACGCCAAUGAUUAGCAGUGAACUUGAUGAAUCUACUGUUUAUGUACUUGGAGCAGUAUUUUAUAAAAAUUUAGGAUUAUUUUUACCUACUUUAAGAAAUUUCACUGUUGUUAAUUCUAAGAUCAUUGUGGUAACAAUCUAUCCAGAGCCUAAAGCUACUGAUUCUUUGGUGGAGAUUGAACUUGCUCAUUUGAACAAUGGCACUUUUAAACCUUAUUGUGUUCUUUGGGAUCACUCAAAGUCGAACGACUCUUUCGGAACCUGGUCCACCCAAGGAUGUAAAACUGUGCUUACCGAUGCAUCCCAUACGAAAUGCUUAUGUGAUCGUCUCUCCACCUUCGCCAUUUUGGCUCAGCAACCCAGAGAAUUAAUCAUGGAAUCUUCAGGUACUCCCUCAGUAACUCUAAUCAUCGGCUGUGGUUUGUCUUGCUUGGCCUUGAUCACCCUUGCAGUUGUUUAUGCAGCACUAUGGAGAUAUAUCAAGUCAGAAAGGUCAAUUAUUCUGAUUAACUUCUGCCUAUCAAUCAUUUCAUCAAACAUCCUCAUCCUGGUGGGUCAAACACAGAUUCAUAACAAGGGUAUUUGCACCAUGACUACGGCGUUCCUGCACUUUUUUUUCUUGGCUUCAUUCUGUUGGGUUCUGACAGAAGCCUGGCAGUCAUACAUGGCAGUGACAGGAAAGAUCAGAACAAGAGUAAUCAGGAAACGCUUCCUUUGCCUUGGCUGGGGUCUUCCAGCCUUAGUUGUGGCUAUAUCAAUGGGCUUCACAAAAGCAAAGGGAUAUGGAACUCCAUCCUAUUGCUGGCUGUCACUUGAAGGUGGACUGCUUUAUGCUUUUGUUGGACCUGCAGCUGCUGUUGUUUUGGUCAACAUGGUAAUUGGAAUUUUAGUCUUUAAUAAACUUGUUUCCAGAGAUGGUAUCCUAGAUAAAAAGCUAAAACACAGAGCAGGUCAGAUGAGUGAGCCUCAUAGCGGUUUGACGCUCAAAUGUGCCAAGUGUGGAGUAGUUUCAACAACAGCUUUGUCAGCCACCACCGCCAGUAAUGCCAUGGCAUCCCUUUGGAGUUCCUGUGUUGUCUUACCUCUUUUGGCAUUGACAUGGAUGUCUGCUGUACUAGCAAUGACAGACAAAAGAUCAAUACUGUUUCAAAUACUGUUUGCAGUAUUUGAUUCAUUGCAAGGGUUUGUCAUUGUAAUGGUCCACUGUAUUCUACGGAAAGAGGUCCAGGAUGCUUUUAGAUGUCGAUUGAGAAACUGCCAGGACCCGAUAAAUGCAGAUUCCUCAAGUUCAUUUCCCAAUGGACAUGCUCAAAUCAUGACAGACUUUGAAAAAGACGUGGACAUUGCCUGUCGGUCAGUAUUGCACAAGGAUAUUGGCCCCUGCAGAGCAGCCACCAUAACUGGGACCUUGUCAAGGAUAUCUCUAAAUGAUGAAGAAGAAGAAAAAGUGGCAAUCCCAGAUGGAAUGAGCUACUCAACAUUACCAGGCAACAUAAUUUCUAAAGUUAUCAUACAACAACCAUCUAGUUUGCACAUGCCAAUGAAUAUGGGUGACAUGACUGAUCAGUGUCUGAAAAAAGAGAAUAGUGAAUUAAGACGAACUGUGUAUUUAUGCACAGAAGACAACCUCAGAGCAGGAGACUUAGACAUGGUCCACUCCCAAGAACGGAUGAUGGAAAGUGACUACAUUGUAAUGCCAAGGGGUUCUGCAAGCAUGCAAUCACAAAUGAAAGAUGAUAACAAAAUGAACAUAGGUAUGGAUACUUUGCCUCAUGAAAGACUAUUACACUAUAAAGUAAAUCCUGAAUUCAGUUUGAAUCCUGCCAUAAUGGAACAGUUUGGUAUAAAUUUAGAUCAGCAUCUUGUCUCUCAAGAACACAUGCAAAGCCUUCCUUUUGAACCCCGCACAGCGGUAAAGAACUUCAUAGCGUCAGAGCUGGAUGAUAGCACAGGCCUAUCCAGAAGUGAAACAGGUUCAACAAUAUCAAUGAGCUCAUUAGAGAGAAGAAAAUCACGAUAUUCUGACCUUGACUUUGAAAAGGUCAUGCAUACUAGAAAGAGACACAUGGAGCUAUUUCAGGAAUUAAAUCAGAAAUUUCAAACUCUUGAUAGAUUUCGGGAUAUACCAAAUACUGGAAGUUUGGAAAACCCAUCAUUAAACAAGAAUCCAUGGGACAAUUUCAAAAACACAAGUGAAUACCAACAUUAUACAACUAUAAAUGUAUUAGAUUCAGAAGCAAAAGAUUCUUUAGAACUUAGACCCCCUGAGUGGGAGAAAUGUCUGAAUUUGCCUUUAGAUGUACAGGAAGGUGACUUUCAAACAGAAGUCUAAUAUAACUGCAACAAAAAAGAAACAAAAAUGAGGCAGCAAGUCAUUGCACUGACACAUGUAAGAGACAUUGGAAGCCUGGCAUCUGAACUGUUGUGACUUUUCCAUGUCAGGAUCUUCAUGUGCCAAAUGUCAGUGUUUUUUUUUUUUUGUUUUUUUUUGUUUUUGUUUUUCUUUUCUGUUUUUUUUUCUUGUCUCCUCUCACUAGAUAAUCUAGUGCAGA